UUUUUCCUGCCUCGAGUCAUAUGAUGCGAGCGAGCAGCAGGAGCAACAGGAGCACGCCUGUCCCAAAGGAACCAGAGGCCUCUCUCGCAGGAACAACAUAACGGUCCCGACACACGGGACAAAAUGGGGAACACCUUCUUCGGCUAAAAGGAAAGUUGUGUGAGGAAGCGGACUGACGUCAGCGCUGCCUGGGACCGAAACUCCUCGUCACUGACAGCUUCCCCUCGCGGCCAAAGCCAGCUGCGGAUCUACUGUAGCUACUGUAAAUCUUGCGCAAACAUAACAGUAUGGUGUGAGGAUGCAUGCGGCUGUCGGCGCGGCGUGUUCUGGCGGCUUGGCCUCUCGCCGAACGCGUUCUCGCUUCUCGUUGCGAGGGAGCACUGAUUGACCUAAAUGCACGUCAAGCCUUCGGCAGGAAAACAGCUCCUCGACGAUCAUGGUUAACAAAGAAGAGUUGGCGGAGAGGCUGAGGAAGCUGCUGGUUCGGCUGAGAAGCCCGCAGGAGGACAGGCAGCUGUCCACGCUGAUCCAGAUCCUGCAGGAUCUGCUUUCCCUGGCGCAAACGGACCAUGCGGCGGAGCUGUUUGAAGACAAAGACGUUCAUGUACCCCUCACGGUGGUGCUUUCCUCUUACGCGAGCAGCAGAGGAGUCCAGGAGGUGGGCCUGUCGUUGCUGUGCCAGCUCAUCGCAGUAUCCCCGAACACGCUGGAGGAGCUCGCCAGACCUCUGCAGGCCAGCAGGGAGUGGGAGGUCCUGGGAGUCCACCAGCACAUCCUGAAGGUCCUGUCCCGGUACAUAGCAGACCCCCGAGUGACCGUGGUGGGAGUCAAAGCCCUGGCAUUACUGCUCCGAUCAGAUCCUAUUCCUCUGCUGGUGCUGGAUGAAGAUGAGGAUGUGUUUAGCCUGGUGGUGCAGGUGAUGAAAACCUUUCCUACCAGUGAGGAAGUGCAGUUCCAAGGUUGCAUGGCUCUGCAGCUGCUGCUGGACAGAGUAAGUGAUGACCAUCUGGUGGAGUUUGUGGAAAACCAGGACCAUGUUGUGGUUCUCUCCGCUCUGCAGAGGUUCUCUGGGAGCCACGAGCUUCUCACUCAGGCCAUGAAGGUGUUACUGCCUUUAGCUCGCACAGGCAGUAACGUGGAGGUGUUGAUGUCGGGAGGCACUCGGUGUUACAGCAUAGUCAUCGCUGCCAUGGACGCCUUCCCGGAGGUGGAGGAGCUGCAGGAAGCCGCCUGCCUGCUGUUCAGGAGGUUCACAUCAGAGAGCUUCUACAACAUCCUGGUGCAAAACGGUGUCCAGAGAGUCUCUCUGAGAGCCUGUCAGACUUUUCCUGACAAUGCUGCCCUGCAAGCUGCUGCCCUCUCCUGCCUGGCUGACCUCACUGCGACCCUCGUGCAGAGCAAAGCGGUGGCCGAGCAGGGUCUGGAGGACGGAGAGACCCAGGAAGAGGACAGAGGCGUGGAGCACAUGGGCCUGGGCUGGAUGGAGGACUGCUGUGCAGCGCUGGAGCUCCAUGCAGCUGAUCCGGCUGUUCAGGAAGCUGCGAGCUGGGCCAUUCAUAAUCUGCUACUGCACGGAGCCCACGUCAGCCCCUCGGAGGAGGAGCAGGAUGCCAGGACUCCUGUUCACAGACAGCUGAUGACCGCCAUGCUGCUCCACUCCUCCUCCCCCAGUGUGUUCAUUGCAGCUACCAGCGCCAUCGCCACGCUCAUCAGCAACAACAGUAGAAUGAGCUCCUUGUUGCUGUCUGGCGGCCUCCAUGUCAAUCUGGUGGAGAUGAUGAAGAGACAUGCAAGUUCAGCAGAGGUUUCCAUCAGUGCCUGCAAGUUGUUAAAGCUUCUUUUCCAUGGAAGGACUGCCAGCCUGGAUGAGCUGAACUUGGCCAUGAGCCAGAUCCUCGCCACCAUGAAGGUCCACAACUUCCAGUCGGAGGUUCAGCUGGCAGCGCUGGAGGCCAGCCUGGUCUUCCUCUGCCCAGACAGGAGUUUAAGGGAGAACGGCGCCUCCGUUGCGGAUCCUGAUCUGGCCGACGUGUCGCUGAGAGUCCUGAAGAACCAGUGUGUGGUGGAAGGGGCUCACACUCUCUAUCUGGAGGUCCUCAACAGGUUUAUCAGCAGGCCCACCCUACAGCAGUGUGGCCUGAAGGUGCUGUCAUCCCUGGCUGACUGCUCAGGGGCAGUGGACCUGCUGUGCCAGCAGGGGGCAAUAGACACAGUGCUUCAUACACUACAAAUGUUCCCAAAGGAACGAGAGAUACACUACUGGGGUCUGACCCUGCUUAGCUACCUCGUGAUGAAAAAGAAGCUUUCGAGGAUGAUUGUACCAGUCUUGGCCUCUGUUGUGGUCGCCUCCCUCAGUCAGUACAGGCAGGACUCUGAGAUGGUGUUAAAGUGUUUUCAGGUGGCAUUGAGGAUGCUGGACGCCUGCUCGGGGGCAGCAGCAGAACUGCAAAGAGAGGACUUCGACAGGCGGGUCUUCCAGCACCUCCGGCAGGAGGGUGAGCAGAGCGUCAGCCCACUGCGGAAGUCGGCGUGUCUGGCCUUGUCCAAGAUGUGGUGCGACUCGGAUCUACACUACAGCAUGCUGGAGAAAGCCUGCAUGGACGGGGACACGGUGAUGGCAGAGUGCCUCAUUGAGCUCGGUGCCGACAUCAACAAGACGAAAAAAAACGAGUCUCUCCUUUUUCAGGUAUGCGAGAAAGGCGGUCCUCAGGAGCUGGUGGAGCUCCUGCUGAGCAGAGGCGCUCCUGAGCAGCACCUGCGCAGGGCUCUGGCUGUGACCGUGAAGAGGGGUGAUGGGCCAGCCGUCAUCCUGCUGCUGGGCCGGCUUGGCUUGGACCUGAACAACAGCGCCCUCUGUCUCGGAGGCCUCAGACUCGGUCGAAUGGAUGCCGCUUGGCUGAGCCCUCUGCUGGCUGAGCGAAGCAUCGCAUACAGUCUGCGUUACAACAGUCAGAAAGGUAAAGGUGUAAGUUUGGCGAGGUACAUUCAGUCUCUGCAGAGGACCAAGAGCGUCAGUGGCUUUUCCAGACUGCUGUCAGAGCAGUGUCUGACUUCUGGCUAUAUUUCUGAUGAAAGCGAUGACUCCAGCUUCAGUGCCAUGUCUGUGGAGGACAGCUUGUUCAUGAACGACGACAUAGAGAGUGAUGGAAGUGAUUCUGUGUCGGGGGCUUUCUCUCCUAAGUCAAAAAACAGCUCAGCAGAGGAGCUGAGGGGCGACUCCUUCAAAAGGAAGCAGGGUCGUCACAGACACGCCAGCGCAGAGAGUCCUAAAGCGGAAAAGGAAAAUGGUGAACCCAUACACAGAAGAUAUGGACGGGCUAGCUCCAAGUCAGUGCUGGGGUCUGGUGAGAAUUCUGCUGCUCUGCCCAAAGAAAAGGAGCGGAUCCGCCUGGUGGAUCUGUCAGGGAACGAGUUGGGUUCUCUGUCUUGCUUCCUCGAUGACGCGUUUGUCCAGCAGCAGCUGCGGCACGUCCUUCGCCUGGACCUGAGCAGCAACAGUCUGCUGGAGUUCCCCUCUGCCAUCUGCCAGAGUUUGAAGAGCCUGACCCGGCUGGACCUGCAGGGUAACCAGCUUCAGUGGUUGCCAGACGACCUGCUGGCUCUGCCCUCACUGAGCAUGCUCAAUGUCUCUCGUAACUGCAUCGGUCCCGUGCUAAGCUUUGACCCUGCUGUCACCUGCACGUCACUGAGGCAGCUCAAUCUGUCCUUCAAUAAAAUCACCACAUUCCCCUAUGAGCUGGGCGGCACCAUGGAGAAGCUAGAGGAGCUCUUUAUGGAGGGGAACAGUUUGACUGACCUGUGCUCAGCUCUCCAUCUGCCGGAGAUCAAGCUGCUGGAUGUGAGCAAGAAUGAUGUGGAGAACAUUUCUCCUGACUUUCUGACCAGCUGUCCCAAACUGGAGACGUUUAAUGCCUCAAUGAACAAACUCUGUUCCCUUUCACAGCUGCCAGCCAAGCUGACCACACUGAAACUGGCUAACAACAACUUCACUCAAAUUCCUGAGGCUGUACUGAAUCUACCAAACUUACGUUCAGUGGACAUGAGGACUAACAACAUCGACGUGCUGCCUGGUCCGGGGUGCUGGGCAUCCUGCAGCAUCAGGGAGCUAAUGUUCAGUCAGAACUGCAUCGAAGGUCUGGAUCUGAGUGGACCAGUCAACAGAUGGGCAAGGCUGGAGAAGCUCCAUCUGAGUGACAACAAGCUUAGCGAGGUCCCACCACAGAUAGGCAUGAUCGAAGGCCUGACCUCCCUGGAUGUGAGUCGCAACUCUAGCCUGAGGUCCUUCCCGGAUGAAAUGGGAAAGCUGAGCAGACUGUGGGACCUGCCGCUGGAUGGCCUUCGUCUGGAGCUGGAUCUAAAACUUAUUGGCAACAAGACCAAAGACAUAGUCAGGUUCCUGCAGCAGCGGCUGAAGAAGGCAGUGCCGUACCACCGCAUGAAGCUCAUCGUGGUGGGGAACACGAGCUGCGGGAAGACCACCCUCAUCAGGCAGCUGAUGAAGCUGAGGCGCUCCCAGCUCAACUCAAAGCAGAGUGCCGUCGAUGUUUUUGACUGGACCAUCAAGGAACGGGACAAGAAGAAAAUGUUGCUGAGCGUCUGGGACUUCUCAGGCGGAGAGGAGCUCACCGGCUCUCACCCGCUCUUUCUCACAUCCAGAGCUCUCUACUUGGUGGUAUACGACCUCAGCAAAGGAGCCAGUCAGGUGGAUGCUCUCAAACCCUGGCUCUUCAACAUAAAGGCGGUGGCUCCCCUGUCUCCAGUCAUCCUCGUUGGAACCCACACCGACGUGAGCGAGGAGAUGCAGCUGCAGUCCUGCCUGAGUAAAAUCCGAGAGGAGCUGCUGAACCAUCAGGGCUUCCCGGCCAUCAGAGAUUACCACAUGGUCUCGCUCUGCGAGGACUCGGACUCCAUCGGCAAACUGCGCAAGGCAAUCAUUAGAGAGGUCACCAGCUUCAAGAUCCAGGGCCAGCAGGUUAUGGGUCAGUUGGUGCCGGACAGCUAUGUGGAGCUGGAGCGCAGAAUCCUCCAGGAAAGGAGCAGAGUGCCACCGGAGUUUCCUGUCCUCAGGUACGAUAAGCUCCUGCAGCUUAUCCAGGAGAGUCAGCUGCAGCUGGAGGAAGCUGAACUGCCUCAUGCCAUCCAUUUCCUCAGUGAAGUCGGCAUUUUAUUACACUUUGAUGACCCUGCGCUCCAACUUCGAGAACUUUAUUUUAUUGACCCACAGUGGUUAUGUAACAUCCUGUCUCAGAAACUGACAUUGAGGAGCUGUGGGCUCUUGGAGCAACCAAAAGGAGUGGUUCAGCGUUCUGUUGUGGAAAGGUUUCUGUUAGAGACCAAAUGUUUCCCAAAGAGCCACAUGGUCCAGUUCUUCAAACUUUUGGAGAAGUUUCAGAUUGCCCUUCCCUUUGGCGAGGACCAGCUAUUGGUACCCAGCAGUUUGUCCAAACAGAGGCCAGUUAUUGAACUGCCACACUGCGAGAACUCUGAGGUGAUUGUACGUCUCUACGAGAUGCCGUACUUCCCCAUGGAUUUCUGGUCUCGGCAGAUCAGUCGCCUUUUAGAGGUCUCCUCGUAUUUGCUCUGCGGAAGAGAAAAGGUGCUUCGACCCAACCGGAUUUACUGGAGGCAAGGCAUCUACCUAAGCUGGUCCCCUGAAGCAUACUGUCUGAUGGAAGCUGCUUCAGAGGAGCACAACCCCUCCAGCUUUGUCAGAAUAACUGUGCCCUCAUCCCAAAAAGGCCGAGUGUUGCUGGGCCAAGUGGUGGACCACGUUGACUCCGUACUGGAGGAAUGGUUUUUUGGUCUGCUCCACACUGACGUGCAUGGCACUGGAGAAGCUUUGCUCAAGAAAUGGGCGCUCUACAGUUUCGAAGACGGACAGGAGUGGAGCAAAAUUCUGUUGGAGGACCUUUGUAACUGUUUUGAUCAGGACUUUUUGCUGGUGAACCCAGAGAAUCCACGCUGCACGCUCCCCAUCUCUCAGAUCGCUCCGGACCUGGUAUUGGCUGACCAGCCUGCUGCAACAUUGCUGGACAGUGAGGAACUGCAAGUAGACCUCUCCAAGGAGAACAGACUUGGGGAUGGAGGUUUUGGAACAGUUUACCGAGGAGUUUAUAAAAACGAAGAAGUUGCUGUGAAGGUUUUCAACAAACAUGCUUCUGAUCUUUAUGUCCACAGACUUCUCAGACAGGAACUGGCGGUUCUGGGCCGUCUCCGACACCCCAGCCUGGUGGGCCUGCUGGCCGCCAGCUCUGCCCCUCAGGUCCUGGUGAUGGAGCUAGCACUCAGAGGCUCUCUGGACUCCCUCUUUGACAACGGGAACGGUAGCCUCAACCGAAAGCUACAGCACAGGAUCGCCCUGCAUGUGGCAGAUGGACUCAGGUACCUCCAUUCUGCUAUGAUCAUAUAUCGGGAUCUGAAGCCUCACAACGUGCUCCUGUUCAACCUGAAAACCGACUCCGAGAUCAUCGCCAAGAUCACAGACUACGGGAUCGCUCAGUACUGCUGUAGCAUGGGAGUGAGGAGCUCCGAGGGCACUCCAGGUUUCCGAGCGCCUGAGGUGGCCCGAGGUAACGUGGUCUACAACCAGCAGGCUGACGUGUUCUCCUUCGGCCUGUUGCUCUACGACCUGCUGACCAGCGGCGAGCGCAUUUCAGAGGGCAUGAAGUUCCCCAGCGAGUUUGAUGAGAUCGCAGUGCAGGGCAAGCUGCCAGACCCAGUGAAGCACUUCGGCUGCUCACCUUGGCCCAGCUUCCAGACUCUGAUGAUGGACUGUCUGAGGGAGAGCCCACAGGAUCGACCCACCUCUGCCCAGGUGUUCGACAGGCUGAAUUCAGGGGAAAUGCUGAGCCUGAUGAGGGAAGUGAAGACCUCCAGCAUGUUCAGCGCUCAGUGCGUCACGGCGAGCUGCAGCCGCGACCAGAGGACGUCGAGCCCCGCGGCCUGGCUGGGCGGGGGCAGCAGCUCCCAGAGGAGGGGCUUUGUCACAGCCGUGGACCUGCAGACCGACACGGUCACCACACGGGAGGUCGAUACCAGCCCCAUCCUUUGCCUCGCAACAGUCCAGAUCCCAAAUGAGGAAUCCGAUUGGCUCGUGGCUGGCACGCAGUCCGGCUCCUUACUGGUCAUCAGCACCCAGGACAUGUCCACCUGGCACCACCUGCAGAGCGUCACCGACGCCGUCACCUCGCUGUACUUCCACGUAAACACUCGCCGCAUCCAAAGAAAGAAUUAUUUGCUGGUCGGGACCGCAGAUGGAUUUCUUAGUGUUUAUGAGGAGUCUGUACUCAUGCGGGAGAACGGCCAGCCAGUUAAAACCCUCGCCGUGGGAAACGCCAGCACUCCGCUCAUGUGUUUGGGCCAGUCCACCCACUCGCUGGACAGCCGGUCCGUGUGGGCCGGCUGCGGGACCAAGAUCCUCUCUUUCUCUGUCGACUACGACGUCUGCAAGUCCAUCGACACGAGACCAAACCUCACCUUGCACCAGCAGCGUCCGCAGAGUGGCGAGGCGAGUGUAUCCCGCCUGGUGGUGGACAAGCACGUGUAUCUCAGCAAAGCCGGGACCCCCACCGUUGAGGUCUGGGACAAGAGGAGCGAGAGGAUGGUGGACUGCGUCGACUGCGCUCAGAUCAUCAGGCACCACUGGGUCUUCAGGCGGGGCGGCGGGGUGGAGCUACCCUCUGACGCGACGCCUUCGUGGGCCACAGUGAAGGCCCUGAUGAUGCAGAACGCCGCGGCUCUCUGGAUCGGCACCAGAGGGGGCUACCUGCUGCUGCUGGAGCUCUCCAAGCACCAGGCGCUGCAGGUCAUGGCGCCGGCGUGGGAUUCCGUUCGCUCCAUCACGUCCGCAUUCAUACAGUCGACCAACUGGAAGAACGCGGUGCUGGUUUUGGGCCGCAGGCUCCCACGAGACAAGAAUCGGGACGAUGAGGAGACCGUGCUGAUGGUGUGGAACAGCACGCUGCCUCUCGAGGUCAAAGACCUGAAGAAGCACUGUGAGAGGAGGGAGCGAGCCGCAGCCAGAAUGAGAGAGCAGCUCCAUCACGCCUGAGCGGCAGAGGAGUCAGCCAAAAGGGAUCAACUCUUCAGCUGCACUGAAGACGACCUUUUACCUCAGCGUCUGACAACCAUAUGCACUUUUCCUCCCUGACCCUGGAUGUUGAAUAAGGAAAGACUUGCAGCACCCCAGGAGAAUCCAGUCACAGAUUUAUUUUCCUCUUGUCUUUCAACAAAGUGCACUUGGAGGAUAAUGUGGUGUUUUUUUUUAAUCAGGUAAUCGGUCGUUGAGUUUUUGGGAGGUAUUUCUAAAGGGACACUGUUGGUUUGAUUUCUGUUUUCAAGUCUGAGAGCAGAGAUGUUAACAGAAUCCAUCUCCCAAUAAACAGAUUGUUCACCCGGUGUACAAUAGUACUGGUAAUACUGGAAAGAAGGCAUGAAAAGAAAAGCCAUGAAAGUGUCAGUUUGAUUAUUUAUUUCAGUUUGUAUAUGUAUGUAUCUGCAUAUUUACCAGUUUAUUAAGCCACUCUACGUAGAUGGGAGGAGUUAGUUCUUCUAAUGCUGCCUGCUUUGUACAUGUGUUGAUGCUGUUUUUUUAUUUACAUCCUUUUAGCUGAAGUUACUGUGAUACCAAAAUGCAGCAAGUCAAUAAAAGCUAUUUUGUGUACAGA